GAUGUGCGUUUGGCGCGUCAAGUAUUCGAAUUUCGAACAUUUCGAAAUACCUAAAAACUAAAGUUCCAAAUGGCCAGUGUUACUGAAAAUUAAUUUUGAAGUUGAAAGAAGUUAAUUAGUGCAGUGUUUUUUACCUUCAUCGGAGACACCGAAUAUGGGACAAUAAAGUAGUUUACACUCAUCGAACCCUUUUCCUUGGGAAAAUGCCUUUCCACUAGUUGUAAAAAUAACCUAUAAAAUCCAUGCACAGAACAGCCACUAACGUUUUCAGGGAUUCUCUUAAACUGCGACAAAAAUUGCUCCAAAGAGCAACAUCCUACUUCAAAGUAGUGGAAUUCGUUAAAAAGGACGCGAUACGAUUUUUCACUUACGAUUACGAUCUACAGAUAUAGUAUGAACAUAUUUAUAGGUAACAAUUACCACUCGAAAAAUCUCGUAAAGCUAAAAUUGAGGAUUUGAUUUAAUUUUAAACAAAACAAACUGAUAACUGACAAUAAUACUGGUUAGAUAAAGAUUUUAAAUUAAAAAGUAAUUAGUAAAGAGAAUUAAAAUAGCAACACUAAAUUAAAAAGUAAGGGGAAAACAAAAUGGCGGCGAAACCUGAACCGAUUGGUCCGCGGAAUGGGCAUGAGUUGGCGCCAUUGAACACUCGCGCGGAUGGGACAGAGAGGCCUCAUGGAGUUACCAUCGUGCUCCAAGGGUCGAGGACCGGGUCCCUCCAGCGGGAGGUACCAGGAGAGGAUCGCGCAGCCUGGUCCGGGAAGCUUCAGUUCUUCUUAUCAAUCAUCGGCUACUCAGUUGGACUUGGCAACAUCUGGCGAUUUCCGUAUUUGUGCCAGCAGAAUGGAGGAGGAGCAUUCCUCAUCCCGUUCCUGAUCAUGUUGGUCCUUGAAGGUAUCCCACUCUUCCUGAUCGAGAUGGCUAUCGGCCAAAAGAUGCGGCUCGGCUCCUUGGGCGUGUGGAAUACCAUCCACCCCUGGCUGGGCGGCAUUGGGAUUUCCAGUUGCAUCGUCACGAUUUUCGUGGCUCUGUAUUACAACGUCAUCAUCACUUGGGUCUUCUUCUACCUGUUUAACAGCAUUCGGCUAACAGCCGACCAGCUUCCAUGGUCGCAUUGCCCGGCAGACAACAGCACGGCCGAAGAGGAGUGCACUAAGGCAUCAUCAACCGUCUACUUCUGGUACCGAGAAGCUCUAGACGCGUCUCCCAGCAUCGAGGAACCGGGGGCGCCGCGCUGGUGGAUUGUGCUGUAUCUGGUGCUUUCCUGGACCAUCGUGUUCAUCAUCGUCAUGAAGGGAAUCCAGAGCAGUGGCAGGGUGGUUUACUUCACGUCCCUGUUCCCGUAUGCUGUGCUGACCAUCUUCUUUGUGCGCGGGGUGACGCUGCCGGGGUCUUACGAUGGCAUUGUUCACAUGUAUAAACCUAAGCUGGAAAAGCUGUUAGAUCCAACAGUGUGGCUGGAUGCAGCUACGCAAGUGUUCUACUCGUUCGGCUUGGCGUUUGGCUCGCUGAUCGCGUUUGGCUCGUACAACCCACCGAACAACAACUGUGUUCGGGACGUGUUGAUGGUGUCAGUGUGCAACGCCCUUACUGCCAUCUACGCGUCUGUCGUCAUAUUCAGCAUCCUCGGGUUCAAGGCCUAUACUAUGGUACAGAAGUGUGUUACCAAUGAGCUAAAGAUUCUGGCCCUGCACAACAUCGGCAACUACAGUGUGAAAUCGACCCCAGAGUUCUAUCAUGAGCACUUCGCGCAACUCAGCAGCAACAUCACCCAGUCCUACAACCUGACCGGGUGCUCUAUGAGCAAGCAGCUAAACGAGGCGGCGGAAGGCACGGGUCUAGCGUUCAUAGUGUUCACUCAAGCGAUCCUGAAGCUGACUCCAGCGCCGUUCUGGUCCAUCAUCUUCUUCCUCAUGUUGCUCUCUUUGGGGUUGGGCAGUCAGAUCGGAAUCAUGGAGGGCAUGCUAUGCACCAUCUUUGAUAUCGAUUUCUUCAAGCGAAAGAGCAAGCCCAUUGUUACUGGUUCUGUGUGCGUCUUCUGCUGCCUAGUGGGUCUCAUCUUCACGACGGGCGCGGGCGAGUACUGGCUCAAGAUGUUCGACUCGUUUGCCGGCACCAUCGGCUUGGUGGUGGUAGCACUACUGGAGAUGGUUUCCGUUAUCUACGUCUACGGGCAUGCCAAGUUCACAAACGAUAUCUACGAGAUGACAGGCUACCGCCCAGGGCUGUACUGGCAGAUCACGUGGCGCUACGUCGGCCCCUUCAUCGUGUCCUGCAUCCUGCUGUCUUCUGUCAUCUUCAUGUUCAUCAACCCGCCGACUUAUGGCGCUUGGAACGCCGCUGAGGGUCGCGUAGAAAAGAUGCAGUACCCACCCUGGGUCCUCGGCAUAGCAGUGGCUAUGGUCCUGGCAGGGGUGCUCCCGAUACCAGUGGUGCUGCUGCUGAGGCGGUUCCAGUGCCUCGCGUUCGAUGUGGACAUACACCAGGGCUCCAUCAGGAGGAUUGAGACCACUGUGUCUACUAAGGAGAUGAUGAGCGACCAGGAUGUGCUAUCUCCGGACGACGCGGCACCGGCGCCCGCGCAGCUGGUGGCCGAGGCUGCCGGCACCAAGUUUACCAUCGGCGACUUUGACGGAGUGGACAGCAGUGAUGAGAGGCCGAACAAGACCCGCCUGCCGAAGAGCAUCGCGCGCAGCCGACCCAAGAAAUAAAUUUCGAGUCUGAAGGCGAGAUCCGCACGUCCGUCCGCUACGAAGACUCCAGUAGUAGUGACGAGGAGAUUCUAAAUACGAAAUACGCCGGAACCGGACGUCUCGCCAUGAAGUCGAUUGGCCAUAAACCGACCGUUUUCAAGAUGGACUCCAUUGAUUGAUUUUUAUUUAUUUAUUUAAUAAAUGUUUAAGAAUCAAAAGACCAUUUUUCGGUGCGUGGAUUUAGAGUUUAGCCUAGUAAUAAGUAUAAUGUGUUAUGUUAUAAAUCCAUGCUUAAUUUGCUAUUGGUCUAUAAAUAAAUUAAGAAAGUAACAUUUUCGUGCCAUAUAAGUUAACAACGGGACAUAUCGGUAGGAAUCGAUAUAUGUAAAUCAGAAAAUAAUAUAUAUUAUGUAAAUCGGAAUAGGCAGUGAUAUUAAUAGAAAACAAGUAAAAACAUUACCCUCCUCGUUAGGCAGUCGGGUAAAAAUACAUGUAGCCAUGGUGUAACAAAACAGGCGUGCUCAAAAGUGACAGCUAACAUUUUAAGGUUAGCCGCGCUGACGUCAUCCUACCCUCCGUCGCCAUUUUGUAAAAAAAUUAAAUUACCCACGACUAAUGUUUUUAAUUUAUUUUUCAAGGCAAUUUUGAACUUUAAUUAAAAGAUUUAUUUACAGUGUAAAUUAUGUGACAGUAAUAAGUACGUUAGUCAGCAAUUCGCUUAAUUUUCAAUAAUAAAAUUUAUGUCUUUGGAAUGUUGGAGAUACCAAUUUAAUGGUAACACUUAUGUAACACUUACGUCAUCGAACGGCUAGCAAUGGCGGCUUUUCAUAGGAUUGAACAUAGGGGCCGUCCAUUAAUCAAGUGAUGGUUUUUUGGCAUCUUUUAACCCCCCC